GACCCAUUUGAGAGAAAACGGGCCUACCAUAACAUCACCGCACAUGGUGUACUGGAUUAUCUCUUCUUGUCCUUUUCUCUCUCUUUCUUCCUCACUUCACACCACACUCAAUUCUACUCGACUCGCUCACUCGUUCUUCACUCAACUCAGUUACUUCUACACUUCACUCAACCCUUCAAACUGAAAACGACUGCAAAAAUACUCCCAAUUUUCAUUUCUCUUUCUCUCUCCUCUUUGUCCUUUUUUCCCUCUUUCAAUUUCUAUCAUUUUCUUCUUCUGGUCGGAUUGAUGGAAACCCAAGAUCACAAAAAGCCUAAACAAUCAGGGUAUGAAGGGCAUAGUGGAGGAGUUCAUGUUUGUACUAAAUGUGGAUGGCCGUUUCCAAAACCACACCCCAGUGCUAAGCACAGGAGGGCUCAUAAGAAGGUUUGUGGAACUGUUGAAGGCUAUAGGCUGGAUAAUGAUGCACAAGACAAGACCCAUUUGAUGGAUGGUUCUGAUGGUGAACAUGCUUCUGAUGAUGAACACAAAACCCCAAGUGGUAAAGUUGUGGAGACUACUAUAAACAGGAGGACUAGCAGUGGAGUUGGUAAUAGAUCAAGUAGGUCGACCAGAUCAGAAGAUGAAGUGUUUACUGAUGCUGUCACAGAAUUUGCUGACACUCCAAGUCCUGGAGAGGCCUCUGAUGGUGGUAUACAUCGGUUUUAUUCGAUGCAACGUGUAACUCAGAAUGAUUUGGAUGAUAUUAAGCAUGCUGUAGAGAAGGCCGAUGCUGAUAAUUUACGAGCCCCCAGCACACAUCUCAAUGACAAUCAGGAUCAAGUUCAACCUGCUCAGAAUUUGGAAGGUGAAAAUGAUAGAUUAGAAGCAGAAGCUGGUAUUCUAUCUCAGGAUCAUAUGCCCAGUUUCACCUCUGGUCCAGCUCCGGCCUCAGCUUCAAUUACAGUAGAAAAUAAGAAUGAAGAUGAGGCAGCUGAUGAAACAACUGAGGAAGCAUCAGAAUAUGUUUCUGUUUUGAGAGAUAUGGAUAAAGGAAUUCUAGGUCCUGUCUCCAAUGGUGAAUUAGCAAAAUCGGCAGUGAUGAAAAUUAUUGGUUCUGAAAACAAUGUUAAAUGCUCUCAGGCAGCAGGGCAACCAGUUGAAGUUAUUGAUCCUGCAAGUGGAAGCUCAGCCAAGCUAAGUGACGUGACAGUGGAUCAUGGCCUAAAAUCUGGAGCCAAUGCAGAUGUCUAUGUUCUAGCUGCUCCUGAUGCUUUACUUCCGCAUAAGCAUCCUGAUAGAGCAGUCGAAGAUUUAGACCACGAAACAAGUGAAAGUAAGAAAGUCUAUUCUGAAGAUAAUGUCCUUAAAAGUGUUGGUGUCAUGGAGGGUAAACUUAACCAGGACGUUGGGCAGAUAUCAAUAGCUGAGCAAAACCCUGUUGGUGAGCCAGUUCAUUUACCUGAUGUUGAGGCUUCUGAAGGUGACAUAAGUAAUUUUAGUUGUGAAGUAGUUUCUGACUUGAAGACUGAAAAUUUGGGAGAAAAAAUUAGCUGUGCUGAAGAGCAGAAACCCAUUAUUGCAUUGAAUAAUGUCUUUCCUGAAGAGCAGAAACCCACUGUUGCCUUGAAUAACAUCUUUCCUGAAGAGCAGAAGCCUAUUUUUGCUGCUGAUAAUCCAGAGUUCACCUCAAAUGGAGCUUUCAACACAAGUAAUGGUGUUAAAACUAAUGCUGAGCAUGUGGUUUUACAAGAAAUCAUUGACAAUGAAGUGUCAAGGAGUCUAUUAUUGGCUUCUGAUGUUGACACAACUGAAUUCAGGAAUGAAGUAGUUUCUGACUUCAAGACUGAAAAUUUGGAAGAAAAAAGUUUUAGUUGUGCUGAAGAGCAGAAACCCAUUGUGGCACUGAAUAAUGUAUUUCCUGAAGAGCAGAAACCCAUUGUUGCACUGAAUAAUGUGAUUCUUGAAGAGCUGAAACCCUCUGUUGCUGCUGAUAAUCAAGAGUUCACCUCAAAUGAAGCUUCCAACGGUGUUAAAAGUACCACAGAGCAUGUGGUUUCACAAGAAAUUGGCGACAGUGAUGUGUCAGGGAGUUUAUUAUUGGCUGAACAUGCUAUCAAUGACAUUUUACCCCAAUCUAAAGAGCUAAGCAAUAUCCAUGGUAACUCUGAUACAGGUAAUAAUGAAAACGUUGGAGCUGUACGAACUCAUUUGGAUGGAAGUGAGAUAAGGUAUGGAGGCGAGGGUAAUGAGGCUGUUAAUGCUGAAACUGCACCUAGUGGCUCAAUCAUAGCUGGAUCUCAUGAUGGCAUUCAUGAGACAUUUGAGGUAAAUAGAUUUCAUGACCAUAUUAAAUCAGAUACGACGGCGGAUUCUGGGGAUUUGAUGGCAGGUCAUACACUGCCCAUGGUGGAGAGCACUGUUGGUAGUGCAGGAGGAGCAGAGUUUAUAGGUGAAGAUAGUCUAGGUGCUAUUUCGAAAACUGACAAUGUUCCUGGUUCAAUAUCAAAGAUGAUAUCAACUGAGUCCUCAGUUGUUUGUGACAAUGCUCAACAUUCUUUGAAAAGCUCUGCUACUGUUGAUGACACCUGCACGGAAAAGUCUGCAGAGGAGGCUGAUGAUGUGUUUGAAGGGGAUAGGAUUGUUAAGCCCCAUAUUGCUAUUUCAGGAGCUGAUAUUCUCCCAGAUUCUAGUAGCCAAACUGACAGUCUGGAAGGCAACUGGGGAUCUGUUUCAGUUAUGUCUGCAGUAUCAGACACCCCACCUGCAAAUGACACUCCUGCAUUGAACCAAUCCCAGGUAUCUGCCUCAAAAGAUAAUGGGAGCUUGGAGCUGAAACCUAUGAUGGAAAGUCAACACCCUGAGAGUAAACUGUCAGUUGAUCCUGUGGUUGGAGCGAUCGAAGGUGUAUCUGAGAUCCAGACAUUAGAGGAGCAGAAAGAGAAGGGCUCUGCCUUACAAACUUCCUGGUCGACCUCCAUUGCUCAUUUGGAUAAUGCACCGCAUGGAGGAAAAAGAAAUGAGGAAAUUAUUGCCAAGGUAACUAACUGGAGCACCGAAAAGCAACAUCUGCCUUUGAAAACCCUUUUGGGAGAAGCCACUGCCCGAAGUAGAGCAGAAUCACCAAUUCACACGCAGAUGAAACCCCAAACUGAUGAAACUCCAGUAGCAAAUAAUGAUGUUUCAAAGACAGAAAAUGUGAUUCUUAGUUCCAACAACCCCAUUCCAGAGGCGUCAAAGAUAGAGAUGGGAAAGGAAUGGAAUUCUCCAGCAAGGUAUCCGGUGAAUAUCAAGACAGAGAAGAGGAAGGGCAAGAACAAACCAUACUGGGCACCAUUUCUUUGUUGUUCAUCUGUCAAUGCUAGGUAGGAUAGCUGUUCAAGGUAACGGAACGACUUGAAACACAUUUGAGGAGCAAUUUUCUUCGAGAAGUGGAGUGCUUGUUUAAUAUGCACAUGUUUAGGGUUUGUAAAAGAUAUGUCUAUAUGUUGGAUUUUUAAGCCUAAUACUCUUGGCGAUCUUAUUAUACUAUGAAGUAUUUAGUUCAGAUUAUUACUCCGUAGUAUUUAGUUCAGAUUAUUGUUGCAUAGUGAAGAUUUGUGAGCAGAAUAAUUAUUGUUUUUGCUGUGAAAAGGAACUAGAGCCCUAUUUUAGUGUA